CGAAUGCCCAAAGGGGAAUGAGAAGUACAGAAUGUUUCAUAUACGAUGUUGUUAAGGGAGGGAGGUGAAGUGAAUAAGAGAACCAUAGGACAAAACGAAACAGGAUUUUAAAACAUUACAAUCUGCGGUGUGAUACAGUUGAUUCUGAUUUCAGAGCCUUCGUUCCUCAGUGGUAUACAUCUAUACAAAAAAUUAAGGUCCAUGCUGCAUUCAAGAAAUCAGAAUGCAGUUCCUUUUUAACAUUUCUAAUUUUCCUAUCCUCUAACGGAGAGCUUCUUAUCUUUGCAUAACAUUCUCAUUUGAACAAACUGGCUAAGCCUAAUUCCUAAUCCAUGCCAAAAGCAUGUUCUGAAAACAUUUUAUCCACACGUGUUGAACAACUAACGCACAAAUCAUAGUAAUCGUUGAAAACUCCAACUCUGUCAAUUCAUUUGAAACUUUCUCAAGCUCCAGUUUGCAAGCCAGAGGCAAAUAGUCCCCUCCCACUUUACACACUUAUUGGAUCAAGAUGGCCAACGGAUGCCCUAGACGCGGUUCUACCUGCCGGCCUGGCAAGAAAUCCCGCAACCCGUACAUCAACUUCCUGCGCGAGUAUCGCAAAAAGCAUUGUGGCUUGCAUCCGGUGGAAGUGAUCCGGAAGGGUGCUCGUGAGUGGAACUGUCUCAACGACAAACAACGACUGCCGUACAUCCGGACGGCAUUCUAUCGCCCCGUGAGGAAACAGCCGUGUCCAACAAGAGGUCGCCGAGUCCAACGCCGAGGAGCCAGCCGAAGCCGGAGCAGGAGCAGAAGUGGACGCAGCCGGAGCGUAAGCUGCCGCAGCGGCAGUUGUCCAAUGCCGAUUAAACGGGAACGCCGAUGAACUGAAGCUGCAUCACACUUCCAGCGGUAUACAAAUUGUUAGUGAAUAUUUACCAUAACUAGCUACUCUUCUGUUUCCGUAAACUGAUAACGGUAAUAAAUUCUAAAUUCUAAGUUUCUCAGAAA